AUGAUAUUUGUGGUGUUAUCAGAAACUACAAAUCCUGAGGAGAGUCCAAGUGAGUAUGGUAGUGAUAAUGUCCAGCCCAAUUUGGAAACCAUUCCUGAAGCUUCUUAUAGGGAAAAGAAGUGUUUGUGGAGAGUAAAGUACAAUAAUAUCAUGAAAAAUGCUGCCAUCGAAGAACUGGUGGCAAUUAGUAAACCUCAUUACAGCUGUGCUGAUGCAGACUGGGUCCAAAAGAAGAUACACCAUUUUAGGACCAUCUUCCUCAAGGAAAACAAAAGGAGUGCAACACCAGAACUUCCGGUGGACCUGCCUACUGAAACUAGCUUGAGCGGUCAUCAGCUGGAAUGUGAUGGUGCCAGUGUUGUGCAGCUACUGCCACCAAAGAUGAAAAAUGUGGUGGCACAGAGGAGUGACAAAUACCAGAUGUCACAUGAAGUGCUAGUGCGUCACUUUGUACUCUCCUAUGGUACUCGGCACGAAAGGGGAGAUCCCAAUGACGUGAACUCAGCCUCUCAUGCUAUUGAUGUUCUCCUACGUUCUUUCCAGGUAUCUGCAAAACGAUACAAAUGUGAAGUCAUGAGUGGAACGCAUUGUACCAGAAGCAAAAGCAUUGGAUACCAUCAUUGGGACCAAGGGGACCUUGUGAUAACAUAGCACCAAGGACAAUAACAAUUUUGGAACUUUUGGAGUGCAAGUGAUUUUUUUUAUUUUGUCAUCGAUACUGCUAUAUAUUUUUCCACCUCCUGCUACCGGGAGCCCCAGGACUGUCUACUUGGUGCACCACAUGUUUGGCCCUACAUACAUUAUAUGCAUUGCAUACCUGCACUAUCUCCACUUUCCUGUGUGCUCCUGGCACGUGAGAUGCUCUGUGGAGACUGCAUCCAUCACCUUGGAAUGUCUUCCCCUAUGUAUUGCUGCCCCAUUCACUUUUUAAGGGGCUUGAAACAAUGACAACCUUGACCAUACAUACUUUUGCUUACACUCAACCUCAGUGGUGCCCCUCUAAUUUGUUAUUUACUCCCGGCCCAAUGGUGAGAAACAGGAAAGGCUGCCAAGGGAAGGAGUCUAUCCUAUGUAACUUUUCAAAAAUGCAUGGCAUUAAAACUUUGUCCUCUGAACUGUGUAAAUUUGGGAUUAAAUAUAG